CGUGACGGUGUUCUCUGUGGGUGGGUCGUGCAGUCUGAUGUCAGGUCUGAUCUCACUUCACUACUGAUCAAACUUCAGCUGGGUUACUGCACGCGUCGCUUCACACUUUCAUCUGAAGGAAUCCUUGAAUGUGGAAUAUUCUGUCAAUCCCUUAAAAUAUCGCACACUAUUGAGUGGAACACUGCCGGAGAGACACAUUCACACCCAUCACCAUCACCAUCACAACAUGAGGAACAUCACCAAGCUUUUAUCUCUACUUCUGUACUUCACAACAACCUCAGAUGGCGGUGCUGUGUGUGAACUGAAGGAUGUACCGGCAAAUGGAAACGAUUGGAUCGCGGUGCAGGAGACGCCUCUGGGAUGCUGGACAGAUUUCAUCAGACCGGACGGAGCAGAAGUUCACGUCAUCAGUCUGUCUUUUUCACAGGAGUUGCCUAUUUUCAGUCUGAAUGUGAGUGCGGUGAAGUCAUCGGUGUUGAUUCUGACGUCCAGCAGCUCACAGACCAUCAGUGUUCUGCUCUCUGAUGAUCCAACACUUCACAUCUAUGUGACAACUGGAACUUCAAUCCAAUUUUUCCUGCCGACCAGAAGAGAGGUCGUUCAGACACAAGGCGCUCCGGCGACAGGUGUGGACUCUGAGCUGGUGAAAUGGGCGAGAGAAGAGUUCGGUGGAGUCACGUCCUUCACCUCAGCACGAGACCCUCAGAGCAUCACUUUAACAGGGACUAAAGGAACGGGACUGCCGUCUCACUGCCAUCUUCAGCCUGAAGUGCCAUCAGAGAAACUCUUCAUUCAUCAGAAAGAGCUCAUGGCAUCCAGUCAUCUGAAAUCCUGUUACACAAAACAUCCUGGAGAAGAGCUUCACAUUAUUAAUAUUCCUGAUGAUGUCAUCAUAAGACAAGUGUCUGUGAACUUACCAUCAGCAUGUAAGAUUGUCCUGAGAGGUCCGCCAGACACCGAGUGGAAGAUCCACACCGAUCAAGAAGUGAAGUUCAUGUCUAAUAAUGUGGUGAUGUUUAAGAGCUUCCGGGUGUCACCGCACAGUGAUCUGUCAGAUGAUGAUGAUCUCAUACAGAAGGUCUUCUCACACUUUAACACAACAUCCAUCAGCAGUUACACUGAGAUUCAUCUCAACAUCACAGCCGUACGAGUGUGGAUCAAGACCAACAGCACAUCUACAGAUGAGGAGUCAGUAGAAGAAGAGCUGAGCAAGUCAUCACCCGGUUCUUCAUCCGUUCCUAUCGAGAUGCAGUUAUUCUCUUCUCCAGACUACAGAUCUCCUCUGGAUGACAGCAGUAAAGUUCAGAGUGAUAAGAGACUUUACGCAGAGAUCUCCAGUCAGCCGUUAGGAGAGAUCUCUUUCAGGAUCAGAGUCAGCAGAUGUUGGGUUCGCUCCGUGCCGCUGGUGAGGAAUAUUUCCUUCAAAGAAGACACCUGUUUCCUUCCAGACUGUCCGAAGAGACUCAGUUUCUCUCUAGAGCUUCUUCAGGACGUGCCGUCCAGCUCGUGGGAUCUGGAGUGUGCCGUCAGACUCUGUCAUGACCUGGCAAAGAUUUGCUUGAAUGAAACGCAGGUGAAGAGGAACGUGCAGGUCAUCAGAUCUUCUAUACCCAGCCCAAAGCAGUGUUUUGAGUUUGGACUCUCGGCCGUUCUGGGAAUCGCGUUCGGAGGAUUCAUGAUCGGAGUUCUUCUCACCGGGGCUUUAUGGUUCAUUAAAAUCCGCACAGGUCAUCCUGGAGGUCUGGACAUGAGAUCCACGGCGGCUGAACUCUCAGUUCUGUCUCUGUCGGGAUGCCCGUGCGGUCUGACCAAACGCCAGCCGGUGUCCACCCAUCCGUCAGCGUCUGAGAACAGCAGCGCUAACGCCAGCAUCGGCAGCACUCAGAGCACGCCCACCAGCAGCGUGGCAUAACGGUCCUGAGACCUUCCUUUACCUCACAGCACCUCCGUCAGUCACCGGCCAGCGGAAGUCAUCAGGCCUCCAGAAAAAACACAAGAACCUUGGAUACCAGCGACAGGAAAAACAAAGCACAAGCCCUCGGGAACCAACCGGAAAUUCAUCGCAUUCCUCGGUCGAGGAGGCAAAAUAAAAGACAAACAGCGGCUGGUCUCCGUGACGCACGCGUUCGCUCUCGAAGCGUCUGAUUCAUCCAUGUGCUCACGACCUACAGUACACGCAUGUCUCUCUCACAGCUCUGACUGUCAUGAGCGUCUCAUUCGUUUGGGGUGUUUUGGGAAGAGGCUACUCUGAGUCAAUCAGAGAACUAACAGCUGUGAUUCAUGUCCGCUUCCCAUCAAAUUCCUGAACUUGAGUUCAAUUGAGUUUCUUUGGGGCUCAGAAUAAACCUCCGAGUUCUUUUCCGUGAACUGAAAUCGAACACGUUUUCCACUUUCUAAAACAUGCUGAGUUGAUUCAGACGACGGUCGGGUCAGCGGUUCAUUUCUAACCCAACGCUCGCUUUUGUCAACUCAACAUCUUUUAGAGUUCAGAAUAUGAAGAUUGGAUGUUUGGAGUUCAGUUAUGAUGUAGCUUAUUCAUGUAUCUGGAGAUCUGCGUUUUUCUCUGUGUGAGAGAUACACGAUAACGUCGAUCUAAGGAUUGCUUCAAUCAACAAUGACAAUUUUGAUCCAAAAGUGACCAAGAGUGCAUUCAUUUUCUGUAUUUUGAUCAGUUUGUGUGUUCACUUGGAAUUAAACCCACGAUCUUUGUGUUGCUAACAAAUGUAAAUUAAUAUUAUAUUUGUUUACACCCUUGUUUCACAAGCAGAUUGUCCAGACCGCUUCAUACAAUCAACAAGAGAAUUCUUUAAAAAAGUCAUCAAAAAAUCAUUUUAGACCCAAAUGUGUGUGUGUGUAAAAUGCCACUUGUGCAUUUGUGCAAUAUCUGUCAUAUUCUUUUUUUUAUGUUCCUAUAAUUAACCGUGUCUGUAUGUUUAUAGUUUUAUAUUGUCAUUUUUCUCAACAUUUUUCUGAAAGCACUUACUGAAUGUAUCUUCAUCAUCAUAUUCAUCCUCUGAAGUAUUUUAAUCAUGAAAUCCUGUCAGUUAUGUCUCCUAAUGUCAAUGUAGAGUUUAUUUAUUGCUUCUGCAGUGAUGUUCUGGGAAUGUCCUGUUCGGAGAACUCGUGGGUUCUUAUGUUCUCAUGCUGAUGUGCUGGAAAAUCAGCUCCGAUUCAAUUUACACUUGGAUAAAAACGGCCCCAAUUUAAUAUCGCAUUAGAAAACAAGAACAUAGAAGAACUUCAAGGUGUUUCAAUUGUUUUUUUUUCUUUAUGUAAAAUUCUGAUCAAUUAAAUUAUGUUAACCCUCAUUUUUGUUAAAUUGGUAAUUUUUCAUGUUUUCUGCCUGUGACAUUGCUCUCAUGUUAUUGCAUCAUAUUAUUUUCUAAAUUAAAGUAGGAAAACAACACCUCUUGAUUUGUGUCUUAUUGGUUUAUC